AGCACAGAAGCUUUGUACAUUUCUGCUCUGCACUACGUCUCCUUUUGUCUCUUUUUAAAAAUGCAACAGAACAAUUCAAACUGCAGCAUCUCUCACUUCAGGUACCCGCUUUUUACUUCCACCUACAGUUUGAUACUGCUGUUCGGCCUUCCUCUAAACUCAGUGUCUCUUUGGAUACUGGUUCGUCACAAUGGCUUGAGGAAAUCUGUUCCUGUGAUCUACAUGGCCAACCUGGCGCUCUCAGAUCUCCUUUUCAUUCUUUCCCUGCCCUUUCGGAUUAUCUAUUUUGCCAAUGGCAACUGGAUUCUGGGAAACACGCUGUGCAUGAUUCCAGGGACGCUCUUUGCGGUCAACAUGUACUCCAGCUCUCUGUUCAUCACCCUCAUCAGUGUGGACCGGAUGCUGGCCGUGGUGUACCCGCUGAGAUCUCGACUUCUCCGGACAGCACCCGUGGCCUGGGGUCUGUGUGCCACUGUGUGGGUGCUCAUUUCUGGAUUAUCAGUACCAACUGCAAUGAAUCAUCAGGAAAAUAAUGAUACGGAGUGCAAUGUGAUGCGUUGUUUUGAGAAAUACACACCAAAGGAGUGGUUGCAUGGUUUCUACAUCCUGUGCUGUGUCACUUUUUUGGGCAUUCUGGUUCCGUUUGGCAUCAUUUUGGGCUGUACGGUCGCUGUGGUACGGCAGCUCAGCAGUUACAGCAUGAAAACCUCCUCAAGUAACACUGACAUGAGCAAAAACAAGAUAGUGAAGCUUUUUCUCUCCAACCUGCUCAUUUAUACGAUCUGCUUCAUUCCCUUUCACAUAGCUUUCAUCCUCUUUGGCCUAAACAAACUUGAGUUAAUUCACGGAGGUGACAUUUACUUCCAUAUACAAACUGUCACAAUGUGUAUGGCCAGCACAAACAGCUGUCUGGAUCCGCUGAUCUACUAUUUUAGCACAAAGAAGCUUCAAAGUAGAGGUAGGUGUGAUUCGUCAACCAAAACCGGCGGCAUCGGCCUGGUCCAGAGCACAAGUCUGAUCCAACAGUGAAAGAAAGAAGAGCACAUGCACCAAACGACAGACAGAUGUUACAUACAUGAGCACUUUGUGGGAAAUUAAAUAUGCAAAAUGCAGGUCUGUUGAAUCUCAAGUGCAUUUAAGUUCAAACACUCUUCAAAUCUGAUGAUUUCUGAUGUCUUAAGUUUGAACAAAGAAAAAGGGAAGAAAACAGCACGUGUUAAGCUAAAGUGGUUCUCUUCCAGAUAUCAAUGCGUGUUUAUAUUUAUUGUCCUCCAUCUCACCACAUGUGAAUCCGUUUUUCUGUGAAACAAGAAUGUACUCUGCAAAUCUCUUAAUGUUCGUUGUAACAAAUGUUGCAAAUCAUCAAAAAGCAUUAAAAUUAAUAGGAAGCAACGCAAAUUUUUUCUGUCAAAUUGUAUAAAUUAACUUUGUUGGCGAUAAACACAAAAUGUUGUCAUUUGGAAGUAGCUUGUAUAAAUGCAUCUAUUAAAUGAAAAAAUGCUCAUGUAAAUAAGGCUUAUUGAAUGUAAAUAUGUCCUACUUGAACCCUUUUAUCUCCGGUCAUCAUAAACAUGGUCCCAUUUACCCUAGUCAUAAAAAAUGUUUUUCUUAAAUUCGUAUCAGCCAUUAUUUCUGUAAAAAAUAAACUUUCAUAAGGUUGUUUCUUUAA